AGUUAGUAAACAGUACCAAGUGUCAUUGACCGGAGACAUGUUCACGGCUUGUUUGUAGUGUUUAUGUAGUGAUGCGAACACUACUGCAAACUUUACGAAGCGUUAGAAACUUUGUUACAUCAACUGCAAUGGAUAUACAAGUUUCAGAGCUGUUUGUACCGGUGCCCUGGGGAGAGAUCAGAGGAAGGGUCUGGGGUCCUGAUCACGGCCGUCCUGUGCUGUGCCUGCAUGGCUGGGCUGACAACUGUGGUGCAUUCAGCACCCUCAUUCCCCUGCUACCUAAAGAGUGCAGAUAUGUGGCGAUAGACCUGGCAGGUCAUGGUCGCUCAUCACACCGUCCUCUUGGAGAUUUCUACUCUCUUCCCACCUACGUGGCGGACGUACGCAGAGUCGCUGAUGCUCUGCAGCUGCGGAAAUUCUCCAUCAUAGGCCACAGUAUGGGUGGUGACAUUGCUGGAAUGUUCAGCGCACUGUAUCCUGAGAUGGUGGAUGCUCUGGUGAUUUUGGACGCUUACGGAUUUUUUCCAACAGACUUGAAAGAACUUUCCAAAGCGAUGAGGCAGGGGAUGGAUGAGAUAUUGCAGUUUGAAAAAAAGACAGGACAGGAAAGAGUUUACACUUACGAGAAGGCAGCUGAGAGGUUGUUGGCUGCAAACCCCACUCUGUCUGAACAGUCAGUGCGCAUCCUUUUAGAGCGAGGUCUAGUUCAAGUUGAAGGAGGAUUUGUGUUCUCCAGAGACCUCAGAGUUAAUUUUAAAUACAUAUUGCUAAACACUUUGGAGCAGAGUCUGGUGAUGCAGUCGAAGAUUCAAGCCUCUGUUCUAGUUGUUCUAGCAGAAGAAGGCUUCGAUAAAAUCUUUUCUGAGCCAGCUACAAGAAAAUUUUGCCCAACACUUCUCCAAGGCUUCCAGGACAGAAAUGACACGGUGGCGAGGGUACCAGGCGAUCAUCACGUUCAUCUGAACAAGCCAGAAGUCGUCGCUCCACUUGUGUCUGACUUCCUGCGAACCAAAGUGUUGCCCCGUCCAAACACCAGAGAGCACAAGUUAUAAACUACAAACACACUCACUCUGUCACAUUGGAGAUAUGUUAUAUUCUUGUUCAUAAGAACAAACUGUGUGUGAUUACAUGAACAAUAGCAUUCAAGUUUCUUCCGUAAUGUGAUGAAUAGCCUGUUGAAACAAGUUGGUUGGACGGCAUAUGCAGAGGGAUCAACCUUAAGUGUUUUACAACUUUAUUGACAAAUGAGAACAGGGGGAAAAUGAACAUACUUUUGCACAUACAGUCAGGUCCAUAAUUAUUUGGACAAUGAUACAGUUGUCGUCAUUUUGGCUCUGUACACCAC